UUACUCACCAACCUCAUCAUCAACAGGGCAUUUGUCACUAUUCGUUGUCAUAUCCCAGUCAUCUCUAUUUCCUGUGACGAUGGAAAAUGAAGAACUGAUUUAUGAUAAUGUUUACAGUAGCGGCGAAGACGAGAACUCUGAAGGUGGAGGAGAGGAGGACACGUCUGUUGAAACAAAACUGUUGGAAAUUAAAGCUUAUAUCAGAAAAAUGGAAGAAUUGGGGAUGGAUUCACCUCUAGGCACUGCAGGAGCAACAGUACCAAUCCAGAUGUCUGCUAAAGAAAAGAUAGAAGUCGAUGGUCGCUCCAUAUAUGUGGGUAAUGUUGACUAUGGGGCGACAGCAGAAGAACUUGCUCAACACUUUCAUGGAUGUGGUCCCGUUAAAAAAGUUACUAUUCUUUCAAAUAAGUAUACUGGCCACCCCAAAGGCUUUGCAUAUAUGGAGUUUGGAGAAAUAGACUCAGUUGAAGUGGCCAUGUCACUUGAUGGCUCACUCUUCAGAGGCCGACCACUGAAGGUAAGGCCUAAGCGUACAAACCUGCCAGGUAUUACCACCAGACAUCGACCUCCACGUGUCAUGAGAGCUGUCGUCCGUGGGCGAGGACGCUUUUAUUCUGGAUAUCGACCAAUGAGACCAUACAGGAGCCGGAAGGUCUUCUACAGCCCUUAUUAAUGGUCAUACAUUGCAUGGAAGAUUCCUACUUCCACUAUUGG